GUGUGCAUCCUUUUUGGAAAAGUGUCUAUUUAGGUCCUUUGCCCAUUUUCUAAUGGGAUUUUUUUGUGUGUGUCUUACAAGUUCUUUAUAAAUUUUGGAUAUUAACCUGUUACCAGAUGUACCUGUGAUUUACUAUCUCACUUCCCUCAUGCUCAAGCCCUCCUCCACCACCUCCAUCAGACUCUAGUCAACAGAAGUUAGUGCCUUGAACAGGAUAUGCUCUUGGAGCCCUAGAAUGCCUUGUCUAGGGUUCUCCCUAUCCUUUCAGAAAAGUGAGGCCAAGGACACCAGCAGAACCAUCUACUUCGAGUUCCUGGAGCUGCCAACAAUGUGCAGGACGCUGAUGGCACCUGGCAGAGGCUGCUUUGCCCUGGCCAUUCUGCGGGCAACUGUGGACAUCCAGGUUUCAGGAUGCAUGAACAUCCUCAGCUCAGUUUCCCAGAAAGGAAAGUGAUUAAGCUUAAUCUGUACUGUGGAGCAUAAGAAAUUAGAGGCUGAGGGGACUGUAGUAUUUUUGUGUAAGGACAGGUCUUGGUACUGUUCCCCUGAGACCAGCCUGGAGCAACUGAGAGUGAAACACUAUCUUGAGACAGAUGGCAUCCGUGAAAGUUCAUCUCAGUUGGUGUUCACCAUAAACCAAGCGACACCAUCAGCCAGUGGGACCUAUCAGUGUUGUGCUAGAAGCCAGAAAUACCUUCAGGGCCAUUUUUUUUUUCCAUUUUAGACAUAAACAGGAAACUACACAGUGAUGGGGCUGAAACAAACAGGACACCAUGAGUUCAGCCACAGUAAAGGCGCUCUCAGUUCAAGCUUUCUCCAAGAGGUCUGGGUGAUGCUGGUCACUAGUCUGGUGGCCCUUCAAGGUAUGUGCAGGUAAAACCUCAAACACACCAAGCAAUGUUGUCUAGGUUACUCUCCAGAAGAAUGGAAAGAAAGCCAACUGGGAGAGAAAAAUACUCAACCCCAAGCUGUUCACAGGAAAACAUCAAUCCAAUGAAGGCAAAAAUGAUCCAAAGAACUAAAGAUUUCAUACUAACUAGGGAAGGAUAGAUGAAUCAGACUUUCCUUUGGGUACAAUAGGCCUCUGAGAAAGCCAAGUAAAUACAGCUGCCUCUAUGCACUAAAUGAACAGAGAGAGGGCUACAAGUUGAGGCCAUUAUAUGAAAAUGAACAAGGUAAGAGACAGACUUACUCUGAAAGUGAGGUUUGAACAAUGCAGCUCCUUGGCAAAAGCUGAUGGCCAGACCGAGUACAUUUAAAAACUUUUGGCUUAGCCCUCCGAGUACCAUUUAUCAAUAUGAAUCAGGGUUUUCCCUAUUAGAUUGGAAUUUGCAAAGUUUUGUCACAUUUUUGCAUAAUCAGUAACUAAUGCAGGUCUGCCUAUCCUUGGCAUUCUAAUUCCAUUUGGGCAUUCCUCAAAUCAAUAACAAACAGUUUGAAUGCCACCAGAAUGUAAGCUCUAUAAACGAUGGGACUUACCUUGUUUAUUCUAACAAAAAAAUAAGUACCAGGCACAUGUAGGCUCUUAAUAAUUUGUUUGAAGAAUUGGUAUGAAGGGCUAGGCUUUACAUGGUGGUCCUAACCUCAGCAACAGGAAUAGAUGUUAAAUGUUGCCCCAGUUCACAGGAAUACAGGUCCUUUUCUCUCUAAAACCCUGUCCUCUCAGUAAUUACCUACCAUGAUCUAAAGCACCUUCUCCCAACUCUUUUACAUCCCUCCCUAUUCAGAGACUGCCUCCUCCCAUUUCUAGAAAUGGGCCACUUAACACUCCCUUAAUUCCAAAUCUUUAACUACAAGCUAUCAAAAGGAACAUGACCCUUGGCAAGGACCUGCCAAAUGUAAGCCUUUGCUAGUUUUCAAGAAGAAACUGAUGAAUAUAAAGCACUCUGGCCUGUUAGACAUAUUCUUUUUUUAAUAAAGAUUUUAUUUUUAGAAGGGAAGGAAGAGAGAAAGAAGGAGAGAAACACCAGUGUGCGGUUGCCUCUCGUGUGCCCCUCACUUGGGACCUGACCCACAACCCAGGCACAUGUCCUGACUGGGAAUUGAACCAAGGACCCCUUGGUUCACAGGCUGGCACUCAAUCCACUAAGCCACACCAGCCAGGGAUAGACAUAUUCUUUUAAGUCUAAGUUUCGUCAGAUGGUUAGGUUAUUGUUAAUAAAUUUUAUUCCUUCAUACAGAAUAAAAACUUUAAAGAGCAAAUUAAGUUUAGCCAUUCAAUCUAAUACCACUUAUUACCUCUGACUCCCAAGUACUGCUGGAGUAAAAAAUCUCUAAGCUCUUUUCCCUUCUCUAGUCAGGUGAAGAGAAUGAAGUUUUGAUAGUUCAUUCCUUUUCUUUUCCUCCUUUCCCCAAGAAGACUUACCAGAAUUAUUAGUAAAGAGAAUAAAAGUAUAUGUUUUCUCAGGCCUAGGGGGAUCAUAUAGACCAAGUUGUCAUACUUACAAGUGACAAAAAGGAUAAGGGACUUUCCUGAAUCUGUGCUUUCCUCAUAACUAAUUUCGGUGAGUACCCCAUCCUAUCACCAUGCCAACAUUGUAUUCAGUGCUAUACAUGGAAAACAUACCUUGAACUUGAGUAAGUAGUAUCUAUAUUCUUGACUGUCCUAUCUUCCAGCAAGGAGAGAUUGAUGGUUAGCACCCUCCCCAGUUCCACAGAAUGUUAGAUUUGCUAAGGAUCACAAUUGCAACUUUAGCAGUAAAACACAACACAUAAUACAUUCCAUGUUUUUUUCCUUUUCCACUCCCUCUCUAGUCAUAAGCACCUAUCAAACACACAUCCCAGGAUGAAUUACAUGAAGUAUUAUGUUGCUAUUCUAAGUUGUGUGGUAGUAAUACAAACUUUUCUUUUUUGUCUACAGCUCUGUAAGAACUUUGUGCCAGAAGAAACUUUUUAAAAAAGUCACAAUAAGAUAAAUAUGACUCUCUUUAACUUGGCGUCUUUCACAUUACAAUAUGUACAUUAAAAAACAAAGAAAAAAACAAACAGGGCACAGGGGAAUAUGCCAAGAAUCUGGGGAAUAUAAAAUGUGGCAAAUGAGUGUAUCUCUUGAUCUUCCCUACUCACUGCCAGAGCAAACUUGCCUUUCUUUCCAACUCAGUCCCAGCAGGUAAAAAGCAGCUCUAGCAAAAGUGGCUAGUGUGCAGUUCUCACUCAAACACUAGAUAAGUACAAAUUUUUGUGUUCCAGAAGAACUCUUCCUCCCUCCCUUCUAACAUAGUAAAACAAGCAAGUCAAGCAAAUUGAGAACACCAAUUUUUUUUUCAAGAAAUUUUUAUUUACCACUAAAGGAGGGAAGAAAGAGGAAACAAGCAAAGAUAGGCAGGACAGGAGAAAAACUGACUCAGACCCAGUGUUUUGAACUGGCAUGAAAACAGAGGAAAUGGUGUUCAAGAGCAAUGCACAUAACACUGCUGUAGGAAGAUUUGUGAAGACCAGAUGCACUACAGAUCACAACUGUCUACUUUCAACUAAGUACCUGUCAACAUCUUUAGCCAUUUCAUUUUUUAUAUAAAUGCCAAAGCAAUAUUCACAGCCUUUAUCUCCUAAAUUCACAAAUCCUCUCUCCCUCUAAACAUAUAAGCUCUUGUCAUAGUUAAGCCAAAAGGAGGGGACAGGAAGAAAUAUCUCUGAUAGAAAGAAAUACAUGAAUAAAGAGGUAGAAACACAGAAAAUUUAAGUGGACCUAAACAGCAAAUCAUCAAAAGAAACAGAUGCCUUACCUGGGAUCCUUGGCCAGGACCUGCCAAAAGUGGGAGAUAAAGUUUGUGGGAACACAGAGAGAGAAGGCUGAAAGAGACGGGUAAGACCCUUAUUAGUAACAGUCUUAAACCUCAAACUCAAAUGAUUUUGGAUUUUGUCUUAUGGAAGUUAAAAAAAACUGGCAUGGAGUCAAAGACCUGGCUCUGCAACAUACCAGCUAUGUGUCCUUGAGCAAAUGAAGUUCUGAAAUACAUCUUACAAAUCAGUACAUUCUGUAUUUCAACUGGAUGUAUUGUAGAUUCUGCUGUGACUAAUAAAGACAAAUAAAUUUAAUAGCAUUACUGAAACCAUAGCAGCUCUUUGUUACAUAUUUUUUUCACUAAGGUACUAAAAAUAAAACUAUCACCUUGUUGGAAAUGAGUCUAAAAAUUUGGAGGCCUUAAAAAUGAUACAUCUUAUUAGAAAAGGUAAAGAAUCACAAGUCUACAUCCCAUAAUACACAGAAAUAAGUGUACUAGCUGCAAAAGGAAAGGCAACAUAUAGACUCCACUUCCAUGGACACCUUCUAAGUGUAAUCUGGCAAAGCAUAAGGUUUAUAUGUGUAAGAUCUUAGAGUUGAAUGCAUGUAAUGCCAGUUGUCUGGCAGGUAUGAGGAAUCAAACCCUCAUUGUCUUUUGGAUCAGACAACAGCUCUAUUUUGAUCCUGGAAAAAAUCUCCAGUUGUAAACAUUGUUUUUUACCCAUUAUAUUUUAAAUCCUUGAGACAGCCUUGUGGUUUCCAGCCUACUGCUGGAGACACUGACACUACUACAAGCUACAAUUUCCUCCUUCAGAAUAGCCACCUGUGAUGUUUACCCCAUCAAAUACUUCUCCAACUCCCUGCGCCAGAAGUUAUGCAAGAUUCAUUUUGGAAAUUCUCAAUAAGAGAACUCUGUCCUGCCAGUCCCCCAAACUCCCAAAUCUCCACUGGUUUAUUCUUAUAAACAGCAACUGUAAACAAGAUUCUUUGCGUCUCCACCAGGGCCCAAAGAGGAUUUUCCCCUAGCAUCAUCUGUCUGUAUAAGCCUUGCUCCUUUUCCUCCUAAAGUGUGUCUUUUCUGAAGUACUCUUCACCUCCAAAACCCACAGAUGCUGCUUUAUUAUUAUUUACAACAGAUACACACUAUGAUUCCCUCCUCAUUAGACUGACAUAUUUAAUUAGUAUUCCUUAAAGAAACAGCACCUGAACACAAGGGAGAAAGACACUGAAACAUGCAAGCCAUGAAAGAAGUUAAUUUGCAGCAAUAAUUUAACAAGAAAAAAAAUUUAAAAGCAAUUACAUUUGAGAUUAACUUAAUAUAAUACAGAUGCAAUGCAUGAUGAACAUCCUUUCCUCAAAGCCUUUUAUUCUUAACCUCAUGAAUCACUGGACUUUUACCUAUACUUAAUCCCUUCAACACACCUUAUAACAGGGUGCUUGCCAAGGCCAACAGUGUCCCAAAACUGAACUACAGAAACACAAGGGCCUGAGGUAUGUACAAUGAGAGAAUCAGACCAUCAGGCUCCAGUCCUCUGCUGUGUCACUGCUCCUUUUACCUCAGUGCUCAUCAUAGCCUUUCUACUUCUCAAGUGAAAUGUGCAUGUCUGUCUGUCUGUGAAUAUAUACACACACACAUAUAUAAAUGUGCAAUACAAUGACACAAAGAAUUUUUAUAACAACCACUAAAAGUGAUACUGUUGCAGAAAAAGUGUUCCCCCCCAAAUCUUCCUUCUAACUUAACUAUUGGACUAGACAGUACUGUACAGGGAAAACAUUUAACAAGCAUUUGUUCAAUUGUUAUGUAACAAAUGUUGACAACUAAAACUUAUAAUAAGCUAAGGAAGCUAUUUGAUUUAUAGCCCUCCCCAUAUCCUCCACCUAGAAUAAUCCCUUUUUCUUAGAAAUUAGUAUUGUAAGGAAAGAAUCAAAGAGCUAUAUCAACAGGGACAAAAUGUCACUCUGGAUCCUGUAAGUUCCUCAACUCUUCAGAGAACUGACACUAGGAACUUCAACGGAAAAUUAAUUUUUGUACCAGAAUUAUUCCAUCUCACUGCUCCAAAUUCAUCUGCUGAAAGUCACCACCCUGUUUAACUCUGCAUGGGACUCAAAGAGUAGGCCAUUUCAUAUGAAAGUAGAGGCCUCAAAUCUAAGGGCUCAAGAUCUGAAACUGCAAGUUUUCUCUUCUCUUUGACAAUCAGGGAAAGCUAAGGCACGCCCUGACUCCUAUUAAGGCUCCAGAUUUCCGCAUCUGUAAGCCUCCCGGUUGUAAAUUAAUGAAACACAUGGGAAGUCUGGGUUAUGUAGCCCUCUGCCUUGGGCACUGUAACUUAACUGUGUUUGAUAUAUUUUAGAGCAAGAUAUUCCUAGAAACAAGCUAUCAACCCCACACAUGUUAUGGUGUUAGACCAAUGAAUCUACAAUGUUUCUUCCUAGAAUAGGAGGCAUUUCAGACUUCUAGGAUAACAUAAAUAGAAGAGAAAAAAUACCUAUGACACACACAGCAAACUGGUCCUCAUCCUGUAUGUAUUUCUUCUAUGGUUUAACAGUAAUAUUGAGGUCUCUAAACAAGACAGAUAUUUUGGACUUCCAGUCAAGAUGGAGGUGAGGGUAAACAUGCUUCGCCUCUGCACACAACUACACCAAAAAUUACAACUAGACUACAGAAUAAUUAUCACCCAGAUUCGUCAGAUAAUCGAGCAGUAUGGAAGUCUGACAACUAAGAAUUUAAAGAAGCCACAUUCAUCCACAUGGGCAGGAGGGGCAGAGAUGAGGAGUAGUGCAGAGAGGCAGCCCCACAUUCACGGGUGGUAGAAAAUUAUCAUGAGGGAUACCUCUGGAGUGAGCAAUCCCAGCCCCAGACCAGACUACCCCACCCAGUCCAGGGUUCCAGCGCCAGAAAGAUAAGUCCCCAUAACUUCUGGCUGUAAAAACCAGUGGGGGUUGGGACAGCAAAAGAAACUGCAGGUUUCUCAAGAAACUGUUAAAGGGCCUGCAAAGGUUUCAGGACAUAUGCAGACCCACCCCAUCUGGGAUUCAGCACUAGAGCAAUAGCUAGAAGGGGCACAAGUGGCACAUGGGAAGAAGGGGAGAAAGUGAAGUGACUGGCAACAGGAGUGUGCCGGGAGAAGGCUUCCUUCUGGGCAAUCUCCAGAAGCCCCACAGUAGCACUAUCCCCUCUCGAAGUCCUCCCUACCCACAGAGCCACAAAGCAAUGAAUCGGUUUGUCCCACCCUGGCAAUUACCUAAAGCUCUACCCCACGUAAUUUACAGGUGCCUUGUCUCCAAUAGGCCACUCUACUACGACAGGGAGUCAAAGCAGCUUUACCUAACACACAGAAACAAAUACAGGGAGGCUGCCCAACUGAGGCAACAAAAAAAUAUGGCCCAAAUAAAAAGAACAAAACUCCAGAAAAAGAAUUAGA